UUUUGGCAAAUACAUCGAAAAUUGGUGCAUUCGAGUGCAACAGGUUGUUUCACAUGUAUUCGUGAGCUUGCGUGAAUUAGUUUUGAGCAUGCGCAUGAACUUCAUUUUCAAAACAUUGUUUACCUUUCCUCGGAUGAAAUUCACUAGUCGAGCAGAUGUUACAAAUCAGUUGUUCUGCAGUGACUCUCCGAAUUUCAUUUGAAAAUGCGAAAAUUUUGGGAUUGUAUUUCAAAAAAAGGCAGCUCUAAUCGGUAUUCAAUCCCUAAUAUACAAAGUCUUCCUGAUGGAGUUUUGCAAACAAUUUUCCUCAACCUCGACUUCGCGAGUCGCAAAGCUGCCACCCUGGUGUGUCACCGGUGGAAUCGGCUGGCAUUCCACCCGGAAACGGUCAUCCUCACGGUCGAUCUGUAUCCCUUCACGCAUCGGAACAUCGUUCCGGAAGCAACGUUCAGACGACGGCUUCUUGCGAGUCGCAGACCGUACCGUAAUCUGGACCUAAUAGUCUGCCAGCGUGACUUUGUGGUGGACAUUUUGCGGAAAUUUUCGCACUGUCUCAAGUUUCUUCGCCUGCAGUGUCGCUUCGAGAAGGAGCACGUCCGGGAAGUGUUGGAUUUGUGCCCGAAUUUGGCAGCACUGGAUAUUACGAACAGUAUUUUCAUUUGGGAAUUUCACGAAAAGGUCGCGCUUCGUCCGUUGACCAAUUUGCAACAGCUGCGUGCAAAUUACAGCUUUAGGAAUUUGUCUGAUCAUGAUUUUCGAAUACUUUUCCCAACCCUCACAGAGUUGACGAUUCGACAUGGGAUUAGAGAAGUGGAUCUUGGAUAUUACAGCCGGAACUUGACACGAUUGGAAGUUGUUGAUUGUUCUUUCAAGCAUGAUGAUUCGAUCUGGAACAUGGAGUUCCCAAGGUUGGAACACUUUAAACUACAUGCAGAUUUCUAUGACUCUGCGAGUACCGAAAGCUCCAAGGUUGAACACUUCCUGUCACGAUGUGGAGACUUGAAAACAAUUUCGCUGAAGCGCGUCACUGGAAUUCCAAACUUCAUCCAGAAUCUUGCCCUGAUUUGUCCUAACCUCAAAGAACUCACACUGGAGACGUGCUGCAAGUUUCCGGAGUCCCUCAGCGAAAACUUCUGGCACUACGUUCUGGCUCUGCAACACCUGGAACAAUUCGGCCUUCAACUAGGGGACGUUGUACUAACAAUCCCACCCAUUACUAACACCUUACCAAAGCUGACUUCUCUGCGCCAUCUCGCGCUAAGAUCAUACAAAGUCUCCCAUGUUGCCAGUCUAAACCGCUUCCUGGAGCACGUCUUUCCAGCGCUGACUCAUCUACAGAUCAUGAGCAGUCCGGAGAUCGUUUCACCCGAAAAUGUUCCCUUCCCUAACCUCAAAAACCUUCAAACCCUUCAUCUAAUUGACCGCUCGGACGCCUACCAGCACCUCACGCCUCAACAAGCUUGGAGAUCGCUCCACUGCAAGUUCCUGUCCGGACUCCAGUCGCUUCCAGCUCUUUCCGAGCUGAUCAUCGACUUUCAAAAAUUUCAUCUCGAAAACAUCACCCCAGCGUUGACCAACAUUCGAACCGUGGCGAGCAGUUGCGACAUCAGUCGCAAACAGUGGGAAAAGCUGGCAACACUGAUGCCGAAUUUGACAGCUGUCAAGUUGGGCUUCCGGAAUUAUGGGGUGGCCGACGACCGCAUGGGGAACGCGAAAAUGGCGCGCAAACUAUUCCCCAAAUGUCGGCUCGAAAGUUACUGCCGGUGCCGGAAGCGGUACGAGUUGCCCAAAGGUGGACAGUGGGUUUACAGGGACUCGCUCAAAGGAUGGAGCGCAAUUUAUGAUAUGUAUUGAGUGGAAUUUACAGAAAAUUGUGAAACGAAAGCUUUGAAAUGUAUGAAAAAUCAUUUAAAAUAGCAAGCUUCAAAUUGAUUGGUUACAGAUUUUUAUUCCGACUCACACAUUAGUUUCAGUUUGAAUUGAAAAUUAAAAGGGCAUUUCAAUAAAUUUAUUUUGGUAUAAAUAGUGCCUCCGAACAAAAAUUAAUUUGCGCUGAAAAAACGUUUUCAGAAUGAAGUUCCCAUUGCUGCUCAUCUUUUCGAUUGCGCUUUUGGCACUAAACUUGAAUGUUUGCUCGGCCGAAGACAUCGCUGGGCCCCCUGUCGUGUUCACUAAACGGUUUUUUAAAACGUGUCAAAGGAUCCCCGGGAAUCUCCGGGCAUGUCCCCCCGUUCAGCAUGAAUAGUAUUAGAUUGUAUGCUAGAAGUCCCUGUAGAUAAAAGGAAGACACUAGUAGUCGGUAUUAGCAACGGUGGCCGACAGCAAUAAAGUACACUUUGUUUUCGUAUGCUGAAAAUGAAUAAAUGAAGUGGAAAAUGAAUUCCGAACAUAAUGUUAUUCAUUUUCAUCCCAGCGAUCUAUCAAAUGAGGUUUGAUGUAAACAUAAUUAGAUGAAUAAAGUUUUUCACAAAAAAAAAUACAUAAA